AUGGGAGCGCGUUGCUUCUGCCCCUGUUUCGACUUCGACGACCACGAUCACGACAAUCGCACUGCACAAACCGAGCUCGACCCCGUCCUACUCGUGUCCGGCAUCGGAGGCUCCAUUCUGCAUUCCAAGAGGAAGAAGCUCGGGUUCGACACCCGGGUUUGGGUUCGGAUCCUACUGGCCGACUUGGAGUUCAAGAAGAAGCUCUGGUCUGUCUAUAAUCCCCAAACAGGUUAUACAGAAACACUAGACAAAGACACUGAAAUUGUGGUCCCGGAUGACGAUUAUGGGCUAUACGCAAUUGAUAUUCUAGAUCCUUCUUGGUUCCAUGAUAUGAUUGAUAUGCUAGUGGGAUGUGGGUAUAAGAAAGGAGCCACUUUGUUUGGAUAUGGCUAUGAUUUCCGACAAAGCAAUAGAAUUGACAAGUUAAUGGAAGGUCUUAAGGUGAAAUUGGAAACUGCUUACAAGGCUUCUGGGGGUAGAAAAGUAAAUAUAAUUUCACAUUCAAUGGGUGGACUGCUAGUCACAUGUUUUAUGUCACUCCAUAAUGAUGUAUUUUUGAAGUAUGUGAGUAAAUGGAUUUGCAUAGCUUGCCCUUUUCAAGGUGCGCCAGGAUGCAUCAAUGACUCUCUCUUAACUGGAUUGCAGUUUGUUGAAGGCUUGGAGAGCUACUUUUUCGUAUCAAGGUGGACUAUGCACCAGCUGUUGGUUGAGUGCCCAUCAAUCUAUGAGAUGCUGGCAAAUCCUAAAUUUGAUUGGAAAGAGCUGCCAGAAAUUCAGGUUUGGAGGAAGCAUUCUAAGGAUGGGGAAACUUUUGUGGAUCUGGAGUCUUAUGGCCCAAUUGAAAGCAUACCUUUGUUUGAAGAAGCAUUGAAACAUAAUGAGCUAAGUUAUGAUGGUAAAACGGUUGCUUUGCCAUUUAACUUUUCUAUUCUCAGAUGGGCUGCUGAGACUCGCCAGGUUUUAAACAAUGCUAAACUACCAGAUGGAGUCUGCUUCUAUAACAUUUAUGGAACAUCAUUCGACACACCUUUUGAUGUUUGCUAUGGUUCGAAGACAUCUCCAAUUGAGGACUUUUCUGAAAUAUGCCAUUCAAUGCCUCAAUAUUCUUAUGUGGAUGGAGAUGAAACAGUUCCGGCUGAGUCAGCAAAGGCAGAUGGAUUUGCUGCAGUUGAAAGAGUAGCAAUAGCUGCAAGACACAGGGAACUAUUGCGUGAUAAAACAGUUUUUCAACAUAUCCAAAGGUGGUUGGGAGUUGAACAGAGGGUCAGCAUAUGUUCUAAGACAUCCAGAGUUGCAGAUGCCUCUUCAAAAUAA